ACUAACUGUUUUCAAAAGGCCUCUCCUCAGUUUGCUGUCGGUUCAAAGCCGGAAGUUGUUACCUUGUUUCGGUUAGGAGAGUGUUAUCGAUUUCUUCCUCUCAUGCACACGUAAAGGAGUAUGUCCCAAACCAAGAGAGUUGCUCCGGGACAGCAGCGAGCGGCUGCCUCUCAUCAGCCCUACAACGAGCCGGAGGAUGUGGAGCGAGGAAGUGAACUGGAACAGCAGUUUGGAGACGGGCAGGUACCAGUGGACGACCGCCAACCUCAAUACAGAGGAGGAUAUUCAGUGGUUACACCAAAUCAGAACAGGAGAUCACAUCUGCAAAUGAUGGCAAACAAGGAACUGGAGGAUCUGAGAAAAUGGAAAGAAGCUAACCGGCUCGGUCCAAUCAACUUGACUCCCACACAGUUAGGUGGAAGCAUUUCUGAAGCUGAGGCACGCCAACGACAGCAGAUAAAUCUCCGAGACUCCAGGUUCCAAAAAAACGCUAAGAAAGAAGACUAUAAUCGGAAACGGAAAGAAGCCGAAGAGCUCGAAUAUCAGAAGAGGAAGGAGAUUCAGCGAGAAAAAGCCAAUAAGCUCCUGGAGAAGCAGAGACAGCAGGAGGCACAGAGAAAAGCGCAGCUCCAAGCAGAACACCAGCAAGCAAACCAGCAGUUCCUUCAGAGGAUUGAGACCAACAGAUCGUACAGGCAAUCGCCCCUGCCUCCCAACUGCACAGCUCAAACUACAGCCUGGAACAAGAGCCGUAGCUACCAAGAGACUCAGAGGGAGGCCGAGCUGCAGAGACUGCAGGAACACAAAGAAGAACAGAGGAGAAAGAGUGAACUUGCAGCAGAAGAGGUAUCUCGACUGGAAUCUGAAAGACAGCAGCGUCUCCAGGAAGAACACAGGAGGAUAAACCAAACUUUCUUGGACAAUCUGGAAAGGAGCCGAAAAUCUUUGGACAAUUUGUCUGGCUUGUCCCCUCCUGUGUCUGAUGAGGAGAGCUUUGAGCCCCAUGCCAACCAAUGUAUCCCUGCAGUGAGGUCACCUGAAGUUCUGACAGAAAUGUACCAAGACAGCUCCAAUACUACAAUGGAAGACACAGCCUGCAGAGACUCUCAUGAAGAUAUUGAUUAUGACUGGAAUUUGAUGAAACUCCAGAGCUUUUUCCCUGAUUAUGAAGCAUCAGUUCUUGAAGAUCUCUUGCUACAGUGUGACAGCGACGUUGAGAAAGUGAUCCAGCUUCUACAAGGAACCAACUGAAAUGAAAAGGUGGUGAAAGUGAAAAAUGAACAGGUGGUCCAGCAUCUGUGUGGUCUGCAACCUGAUCUUCUGCUAAAUUCAUCUUCACUCAUACUUCAAUUUCAUUAUUGACUGGAAACGAUGACUGCCCAUUAUGUGUGUCAUAGGAUAGCCCCUUGGAAGCUGUUCUGACCUUCAGUUAGAUAAUGGCUACUUCUGUUCCAUUUUUCCACCUUUUAUCCCAUAUCUUCAAUCUAUCGAUCACACCUGCAGAGGUAAAAUAUUAGUCAUUGCUGGGAAACCAAAUCAUGGCCCUAAAUGUUUGACCAUCCCCUUGGUGCUAGGCAAAGGCUCUGACAACUAUGGCUCCUUAAUCCUUUGAACUGAAUAUGAAGCCAUAGCCAUUGUCUCUGUUACUAAGGAGUUUCAUCGACUGAAGGGUUCCUUACAGAGAAAGGUCAAGGCUGUGAGGCCUCUUACUCACAAGUGAUUUAAUCAAAGUUGCUGGAAAAGCUCAGCAGGUCUGGCAGCAUCUGUGGAGGAGAAAACAGAGUUAACAUUUCGGGUCCGGUGACCCUUCCUCAGUUCUGAGGAACGUUAGCUCUUUUUUCUCUUCCACAGAUGCUGCCAGACCUGCUGGGCUUUUCCAGCAACUUUGUUUUUGUUCCUGAUUUACAGCAUCCACAGUUCUUUUGGUUUUUACUGAUUUAAUCAGUGUGGCUUGAAAAAGCAACAACAUUUCUCAGAGAUAGUAGGAACUGCAGAUGCUGGAGAAUCUGAGAUAAUAAGAUAAAAAAUUUUUCUGAAGAAGGGUCUAGGCCCGAAACGUCAGCCUUCCUGCUCCUCUGACGCUGCUUGGCCUGCUGUGUUCAUCCAGCUCUACACCUUGUUAUCUCAACAUUUCACCCUCAGUGGGUUUCUCUUUGACUUCCUCUAAAUUGUUUAGUAUCUACGCUCAGUUAAGGUGUAUUUCUAUAUUGCUUUCACAAUGGGCUGGGUUGUGUGUAUCUGUCACAUAACUUUGAUAACAGACAGCUUUACCAGACAACCCAAUCAGGACAGGACAGACACCCCUUGAACAAUGUUUCAUGUGCAAAAUCUGGACUACACAUAUCUCAAGUUCUGAUAACUGUACAGUUUGUUUUGCAGUAUUAAUUCAACCAUUCAGCUCAUAGGUUCAGGUUUUCCCCUUCUCCCUGGUUGCAUUGGAACAGAUUAGGACUGUUACUCACUGAAGCCAAAAAUGAUUGUGGUUAAAAUUAUGCUCUGCUUUUGUCAUUUAAUGUCUUCAUUAGUUCAAAAAGGAUUAACUUGUCACAACAGAUCAUAAUCCUGAAUUACUUACAAACAUAAUGAACAUUUUAACAUGAUCUAUUUUUGUUUAAAAAGCCAACAAUGUUAAGGUAAACCCUGCAAAUAGAAUUCAGUGACUGCCAAAAGUCCUUGUGUGAAAAUCAUAGACGAUCAGAGCUGAAAAGAGUCAGGGAAGCUUCAGACAGACUUAAAAAGGAGAGAAGCAAGACCAAAACUGAUUGCUCAUUCAGCAGGAAAACGAUCUCCUGUAGGUUAUAUCCCAGAUUGUACAUAUUAUAUUUAUGUCUUGCACACUCAGGAAUACAAGAAAAUAUUUUAAAAUUCACUGCAGCCCUAGUCUCUCUGUGUUAUUAUUUGCUAGUGUGAACUACUGUAUUUUGAAGAUCACAGCUUGAGGGCAACCAUUAGACAUCCCUGUGCAGCAGGUAAUGACAGACUUUCUCUCUCAUUCCAAGUACUGGAUUCCAGGCAAGCCAACAAUGUCACUGUCAUGGAGGAAACAGAACAAAAACACUGGUGGCAGAGUAAAGAAUCACUGCUUCACAGUUACUGACAUCAUCCAAAUUAAUGGUUGCAACAUUUUACUAUUUACGCUUCGCAGAAGCCAGAGACUGAUCCAUAUCUCUUUUAAAUUCUAAUCUUUUUACACCAUUCACAUUUCUACCCUGUGUCUAUGUAUCUUGUGUUUUAUUGUCUUUUAUCAUGUUUAAUAACUAAUAAACAUGUUAAAAUUAA